CUGCGCGCUGUGUGCUGGAAUGCGCUCCCCCACCCCGCCCGCCCCGCGCGCGCGCCCCGCAGCAGCAGCAGCAGCAGCAGCCGCGCGGCCGGGCGGCCUCGCGCCGCGGAAUCGCUACCAUGGCAACUCAAGUUCUGGGACAGUCCGGUGGGAGCGGCCUCUUUCCCGGCGGUGCUAAUAUCGGUAUGGCGUUGUCCAAUGACAUGUAUGAUUUGCACGACCUCUCUAAAGCUGAGCUGGCAGCUCCUCAGCUUAUUAUGUUGGCAAAUGUUGCCUUGACGGGAGAAGUCAAUGGCAACUGCUGCGAUUACCUGGUUGGGGAAGAGAGGCAAAUGGCAGAACUGACAACGGUGGGGGACAGCAACUUCUCAGACAGUGAGGGAGAAGGUAUGGAAGAUACUCAUGCUGCAGAGAGUGACCACGAGACACCUGAAAAUAUGGAAUUGGACUCUCUGGAAGGUCCUGGUGAGGAAACCCAAGGGGCAGCUUCUUGCUCCCCUGCUAAGACUCCCAAUAUGGAUAAAGAUAUCUCAUUGGAAGCACCAGGUACUCCAGAAAGUGUAGAGGACAAAAGUAAGAGCUUGAAGAGCAAACCAUUUCGUUGCAAGCCUUGCCAGUACGAGGCAGAGUCUGAAGAGGAGUUUGUGCAUCAUAUCAGGGUUCACAGUGCUAAGAAAUUCUUCGUGGAAGAAAAUGCAGAAAAGCAAGCCCAGGUGAAGGAGUCUGAUGCUUGCACUGCGGAAGAGGUGGAUUUUUCUAAGGGCCCAAUCCGUUGUGAUCGUUGUGGCUAUAACACUAACAGAUAUGAUCACUAUCUGGCUCACUUGAAGCACCACAACAAAGCAGGGGAAAACGAAAGAGUCUACAAGUGUACGAUAUGCACUUAUACUACUGUCAGUGAAUAUCACUGGAAGAAACACCUAAGAAAUCAUUUUCCCAGGAAAGUGUAUACCUGCUCACAAUGCUCCUAUUUUUCAGACAGGAAGAACAAUUAUAUUCAACAUAUUAGAACUCACACAGGGGAGCGACCCUAUCAAUGUGCUAUGUGUCCUUAUUCCAGCUCUCAGAAGACCCAUUUAACCAGGCACAUGCGCACCCACUCAGGUGAGAAGCCAUUCAAAUGUGAUCAGUGCAGCUAUGUGGCCUCAAACCAGCAUGAAGUAACUCGUCAUGCAAGACAGGUUCACAACGGGCCGAAGCCUCUGACUUGCCCACACUGUGACUACAAAACAGCUGAUCGCAGCAAUUUCAAAAAGCACGUUGAGCUUCACGUCAAUCCACGGCAGUUUCUCUGCCCCGUUUGUGAUUACGCAGCAUCUAAAAAAUGUAACCUGCAGUAUCACAUUAAGUCCAGGCAUCCUGAUUGUUCUGACAUCACCAUGGAUGUUUCAAAGGUGAAGCUACGGACUAAAAAGAGCGAAGCUGACUUUCCUGAAAGCAUUAAUGACAAAGUGGAGAAGGAGCAGAUGAAAGGGGAUUCAGCUGCAAAGAAAAGUGAGAAAGUUGUGAAAGUGGAGAGAAAAGAUAGUUUGGCAAAGGAAAAGAAGCUGAUCGGCAAUGUUUCUGCAGGCCAGGUGACAACCAGAAGUCGGAAAUCGGCUUUAGAAAACAAGGAGGUAGAUGUUAAAACUGAGAAAAAUACUGAGAAAACAUGUAAAACAAAGAAGAUCAAAAGAAAGGCAGGGGCUGAAGUAACUUCCUUAAAACAAGAGCCUGCAAAUGAUACCUCAACAGUAACAAAAAAGAAAAAAAAAGUAGAAACAAAACCCAGAGACUGCCAAGAACCUCAAAAAAGUGAUGCUGUAUCAGAGGAGGAGUCUAAAAAGCAAAAUUCUUGCCUCAAGAAAAAUAGAAAAAAGAAAGCUCUGAAAAAUAAGCAUGGUAAGAAAAGCAGUAAACUUGAUCAGGAGAAGAUUGAGGAUGAGGAAAUGCCAGAUGAGUGUCCUAUGACAGAAGAAGAUGGAUGUGUGAAGCCUGAAGCUGAGGGCAGCGACCAGAAGGAGCAAGAUCCCACUGACACAGUGGGAUUAAAUGACAAUGGUGGCCAUGCCAUCAAGGGGGAGAGCACUGAUCCCAAAGGAAACUGCGUACAAGAGCCAGGGCAGCUUUGUUUGCCAGCUCAGGAUGCAAACACAGGAGCUGUGGUAGAGGACCAAGAAAUGCCUGCUGCAGCAGGAGAGAGUGAAGACACUGUUGGUGAAAGAGAGGAGGAAAGAAAGGCUGACAGAGGGCAAGAUGCUUUCCCUGAGGAAUGUUCCCAUGCAGUGUCUUCUGAAAAAAGCCUGGAUGUGCCCAUGGAUGUGGUACCAGAUCUGGCACCUGAGAAGGAGCCAGAGGAAACCUGUGUGGCAGAAACUGUGAGUAACUCAGCUCCAAUGGACCUGACUAAGACAUGCCUGCCAGCAACAGAGCCAACGGGAGAUGCCAUACCGGCAACCACGCCCCCAGAAGGGUGUACACGAAGUCCUAAAGUAGCUCUGGCCUUAUCAUCUCCAGAUAACACAGCAGUGAAUGAAUCUCAGGAAAUGGAUGAGGAUGAGGGCAUCCACAGCCAUGAAGGCAGUGACAUAAGCGACAACAUAUCAGAGGGAAGCGAUGACUCGGGGUUAAAUGGUGCUCGCUCUGUACAAGAGGAAACAAGUCCAAAGACAUCACAAGGAGCUGCAGACACCAUAGCAGCUAGGGAGCACUAUGUGUGCAUUUUUUGUGACCGCUCAUUUAAAAAGGAAGGUGAAUACAGCAAGCACCUCAAUCGCCACUUAGUCAAUGUGUAUUAUCUUGAGAAGGCAACAAAAGGUCAGGAGUAGAAAUAGGUGUGCUUUGGGAGGAUCUUCUUUUGUAAAAUCUUAUACAGCUUAUGUACAGAUAUUGUAGAUUUUUUUUUUUUCUAAGCACGGUUUGCUUUAGUGUCUGCCUUGGUUUGGUUUUUGGUUUUGUUUUUUCUUUUUUAAGGUUGAAAAUAUUUUUUGACAACUUCUUGUGUAUCAGUGAACUCAUUAACUAUUGGACCUCUUCAUUAGAGAAGGCAGAUGGGGUGUAUGAGGCUGUGUCCUGUAAAGUCAGUCGAAGCUUCUAGUCUAUAAGCUUACGCAAUUCAUUUUUAAAUUGAGUUUUAGGAACAAGACUGUAGCUAACAAUACACAGGUUGGAUGGAGCUAUUGGCAUUAGUUGCUUUUUGUUCUAGCAGCCAACUCCUCCUCUCUCUCUCCCCUCUUCCCUUCCCCAUUUAUUUUAGUUCUUGGUGUGUUUUCAUGUUCAUAGUGUUAAACUACUUGAUGUUUUUUUCUACCAGGAAGAUAGCUUCUAUUACACAAAAGAGCACUUUGUAAAAGAAAUCAAAGUUGGCUAGUGUCGAGCAGAACUGCUUAAGAUGAUUAUAAUUGUAAACAUACAUUUCAGAUCCCCUAAGCGUCAACAGUGAGCCAAAAUUUGGGAGUAGUCCUUCCAACUUUUGAUUGGAGAAUCUCUGUCUUGAUUAAUAUCUUGAUGACUAUGAUAUAUAAUUGGCUUUGUUGUGGGGGAACAAGUUUGUUAUUUUUAAUUUCUGCUUUUUUUUUUUUUGAUUGUGCUUUAAGGGCUUAAAAUAUUGCACAUUGUUUUUGAUUUUUACCUAUGCAGUUUAAUCCUCUAGGAAUAGCGCUUGUGCAGUACAUGUACACUUUAUAUAUGCAUGUUUGGGUUUGUUUGCAAGUUUGUUUUUUUUAAUUUGGAAACAUUCAGAUUUGUUGCUUACCAUGGGGACAGUUUUCUGGGAUGGUUUUCUGUGAUGCUCUUGACUGCAGAUUUUUCUUGUUUUCCUGGGGUAUUGUUAGUUGUGCGCAAAGUUGCUGAAAUGAUGAAGUGCUUGGCUAUCUAUUUCUGACUAACUUUAAGAUUGUAAAGUUCUUCAGCAAAAGAAUACCAAUGCAAUUUCAAAACACUAUUUUAUAGGAUUUGUUUUGUCAUGGAAAUGCCACUUCUGAUAUUCUGAAUACACAUAAGGAAUCAGCAGACAGGAAAAUACUUGCUCUCGAUGGAAACAGUCUGCAGAUUCUGCAUGUCCAGAUGAUGAUUAUUUUUUUUUUCCUACUCUUUUCCUUUCUGUGGUGGGCAGCAGUCAAACUUCAUGAGCUUAAGAAAGUAAAAUAAUAGCACUGAUAGAAGUGUGGUUCAUCAAAAAAUAACAUCUUGCCAUCAUAAAUAAAAAUUGGGGUAAGUCAAGUGGUAAGCAACAAACCUGGCAUUCCCAACAAACUGUAGAAAUUCUUGCUCUUUAUUCAUUCAGGCUGCAUUGAAUAACAUCAUCCUGCUUUGAGACACACAUAAGUGCUCAGGUUGCCAUCUCAGGUCUACGUGCAAGAAAUGUCAUACCAGGAGGUUUUGAUUCUAAACAGGUUUAAUUUCUGGCACACACAAACUCAAAGGGGAUUGCAUGCUUAUAGCUUGUAAGUGACGAAGUGUAAAAACAACCCAAACCAACAGGGGAAAAAACAAAACCCUCCAGUCCCAUCUGUGCACUCUUCUGAUGGUCUUCCGCUGCCUUUCCAGUGGGAAAAUAUGUAGCAUUCAAGCUUCUCUGGUUGUCAACUCCAAAGAAGCAAAUUUGGAGGCAGGUGUUAUUUGGACAGUGGAGUUGAGGAGUUCAGACAGCAUUUGUCAGAGCACUUUACAGCAAAUGCCCUCAGUGUAAGCUCUGCAAUGAACCCUAUUCUUCUGUGUGUGUCCCCACAGCAUCUUCCCCUCCAAACAAACCCACUGCCUUGAAUGAAUAGAGAGCAACAAUGCUACAUUGCUUCUGCUUUUGGGAGAUUGGUAAUAGGAGGCCAAAGAUUUGAGAGGGAUGGCAUCCCUCAUGGCAGAAAUAAAUUGUAUAAUAUACAGUGAGUUUUUGUUUGCUUAGAUAGUGUUCAAUCCUUACCUUGGCUGCGACAAUCAUUGGCAACUGAAGAUCAAGUUGCAACUAUAUUUAUGUUAAACAUUACAAAAAUAAACCUAGUUGAAUUGUUUUCCUAAACAACUGGUUGUAAUGGCCUUAGAUGUAUAAUUUCUCCUUCGUAAUAGGGUUUCCUCUAUAUAUAAUUGUUGCCACCACUCGUGAGCGAUGUGAGCAGAUGCUGGGAAUUCCAGUACUGUGUAGAGGUUUUACAGCUCCCUUUAUAUCCUUGUGAAGAACCUUUGCCAUCUUGUGAGAGACUUCAAGGACUUCAGCUAUAUUCAAAUAAACUUGUGGACUGGCCUGAUGAUUUUUCUGGUUUGUCUACAAGUUAAAGUAAUGGUAUUGACUGACUUUAAAUCUCUCUCUAUGAGAUAAAAACAAAGAUGUGGUUCUGUGAGAUACUCUGCUGCGUGUUUUUGGGAAGUGGUCAAGGUUUCAAUGCUUGAUCUGACGUGAACUCUUUGAAGAUGACAGUUGGCUCCUGUUCAGCAGUGUUUCUUACCACAAGAUUAGGAACUGAAAAUAAAUUAUUAAUGUAUUAAGAAGAAAAAUUGAUUCUUUCUGAGACCCAUCAACCUGAAAUACCUAAUGUUGGUGUAGAACUGUGUUGGAAUUCUCUGCUUGCUUAAGACCAAGGUUUGGGAGUACGUUAUGGUAAAGCAACAAGGAUGUAAUGCAUUACGUGUACCUAAAAUGUUAGACAUUGCUAAUCUUGAGUAUUUGAGGGGUGUUGCAGUUCAGGUAAUCCACUGUAUAUGGUGGUCUUACAUUGCUGUAUCUCCCUUUAAACAAUGCCUUUUUUUUGGUCUUUUUCAAUAUUCUUAAAUUAUUUUGUGUUGUUUUUGCCAAUGCUAGCGUUUUUGUGUUUCUUGGCAAUAAUACCUGUAAGAGUGUUCAACCUCUGCGUGGUUGGAGGGAUCAGCACACCAACACCCCUGCGCUGCCAGCCCUCGGUUGAGCAACGUGGAGUUUUGGGCUUUUGCAUCUGUACACUCAAAUUAACUGCCCUGAGAAAUGAUCUAGAAGUGGGUAGCUAGGCAUUAAUAAUAAUCCUUGGUAUUAUAAUUGCUGUUUCUGGAUUUUGAUGAUCUAGGCUGAAACUUUAGUUGUUUGAAGAAGAAUGUUUAACAACUGACAGGCCAGUUAAGAUAUGGUAAUGUCAUUGAUUUCAGCAGAUUUAAUUGACUUCAACAGAUUUAAUGUAGCUGAAAGGUAUUAAAUCAAAUUCAAGAGUUUUCUUGAAUGUCAGUUGUGUAGAUAUGUGGCAUGCAUAUUAUAUUAAUCCAAAUAGCUGAUGGAAUUGUUUUAUGUGUACAUAUAUUUUCCCCCCUCUAAAAUUACACUAGAUAACAAACUUUUGUAAGCUGGCAUGGAACAUGUUUAUGAUGUUUAGUUGCACCAUGUUUGAUGCUUUUACAGUGCAAUACUUGUAUUCUCUGAAUUAAACCAAAGGUAAUUUUUUUUCAUGCUCUCUCUACUGUAGUGCAUGACAGUCUUUUCUACGUUUGUAAUAGAUGUAAAACAAGCCAGAUCGUACAUCCUGUUUUUACCUGAAACAUGUAUAAGAAGUCUUUUGUCCAAAAUGUAGUAUAAAGUUAAACUAAAUUGCAUUAUAUUAACCCUUACAAGUGUAUUUUCCUAAGCAUAGUUAUGAUUAAAUAAACU